CCUGUCAGCCUUGAUGUGAAAAGUCGUGUUUCUCCCUCCCUCUUCUACGCUUCAAGUCUUGUAUUUUGCACACAUGAUACUGAGUCAUAGCAAACCCUCCCUCCUUUUUUUCCACUUUAAAAACCACAGACUUCUUAAAAAUUCAAGUUAGUCCUCCAGGCUUGUCCGGGUGUGGUAAGAAGCAAGUGAGGAACACAGAGCCGCUGAAGAAGUUUAAAGAUGUAUGGAUCCAGUGCAAGAGAUCUUCGCUUCCCCUCAUCCAUUUCGGAGCCCGGGCUUCACGUUUUCCGCAUUGAAAAGAUGAAGCUGAUCUCAGUGCCAGUGGAGAGUCACGGUGUGUUUCACUCUGGGGACACCUACCUGCUCAUCUUCAACUCCUCUGAAGGCAACAGCAUCUAUGUCUGGAAUGGAAGUAGUACGACAGUUGAUGAAAAGGCAGCUGGAGCCAUCUACAGCUCUCAACUUCACAUGCAUAUGGGUGAAAAGCCAACUCAGAACCACGAGACGCAGGGGCAUGAGAGUGUAGAGUUUAUGUCUUUAUUCCCACGGGGGGUGACAUAUUUGGAAGGAGGUGUAUCCUCAGGUUUUCAGCAGGCACAGAAAGACCCAGUGGCCCCUACCCACCAUCUCUACCACGUGAGAGGUCGCAAACACAUUCGUGCAAUUGAGACAGACCUAAAGUGGGACAGCUUCAACACAGGUGACUGCUUCAUCUUGGACACAGGAAAGUUUAUCUAUGUCUGGUCGGGAUCUCAGUCAAACAUGAUGGAGAGGAACCGAGCAAGAGAUCUGGCUUAUCAAAUACGAGACAGUGAAAGACGCGGAGCUGCAAAAGUGGAAAUUAUGCUGGAAGGGGAGGAGCCUGAAGAAAUGAUUCAGAUUCUGGGGCAGAGGCCGGACAAACUGAAAGAAGGGAGCACACAGGACGACAAGGAGGCAGAUGAGAUUCACACCAGGGGAGCUGUGCUCUACCAGGUCUCAAACGCUACUGGAGAGGUAAAGGUGACCCGCGUGGCUGAUGGUGGUACUUUCCGUAAAGAGCAACUCCUCUCAGAUGACUGCUUCAUCCUGGACACAGCAGGGAAGAUCUUCGUGUGGAACGGUAAAAAAGCAAAUAAGGAGGAGCGGGAACAAUCAUCGGCGACUGCCAAAAAGUUCAUAACUUUGAUGAAUUAUCCAACUAAAACCCAGGUCCAGGUGAUGUCAGAGGGGAACGAGUCUCCUCUCUUUAAACAAUUCUUCAGCAACUGGUUGUGAGUGGCCAUCCUUCGGUUCAUCUGAGCUACAAGAUCCCGCUCCCCUCCACAUGCUUCACCUCCAGGUCAAUUUUGUAUAAAAGGUUAAGCCCCAGCUGCCA